AUAUACCUUCUUUACAACUCCCAUAAACUUCAUUCAUUUUGGAAAAAGCCCCUUUCAAGCGAAGAAGAAGAAGAAGAAGAUUAGGGUUCUUUCAUGGAGGCUGCUGCUGCUUUUGGCCGCCUGAGGCCGGUCGUCAAGACCGAGAAGCCCGCCACUGGCGAUGGCGAAGACGAUCGGGAUUCUCCCUCUAAACAACAUCUCGUCGUCAAGAGAGAGAACUAUGGAAAACAAGAGCAUGAAACUGGAGAUAAAACAAGCAGCUCAUCUGAUCAAAAGGAUUUAAGCUGCACCCAAUUUCAGGAAGAUCAACUGGAAUCCGCUCGAGCAGAAAUGGGGGAAGUGAGAGAAGAAAACCAGAGACUAAAAAAGAGUUUAAAUCAAAUUAUGAAGGAUUACGAAGCCCUAAAAAUGCAAUUCCUAGGGAUUGUCGGACAAGAAUCCAAAAAAGUACUAGAACAGGACAAGUUAAACAAGGAACAACAACAAGACGAUGAUCAAAUUGAACUGGUUUCAUUGACCUUAGGGAGAUUUCCGGUGGCGGAGAAGAAGAAGGCGACCGAUGAGAAAAGCUCUUUGAACAAUAUCAUUGGUGGUCACGACGAAGAAGUCGUCGUUAAAGAGGCUUUAUCUCUCGGUUUGAACUGCAAAUUUGAAAGACAAGAAUCAUUGACGGCUGUCGUUAAAGAAACCGAUUCUCCGAAUAGUUUCGAUCAUGAGACCAAGGAGGAAGCUGGAGAGACGACUUGGCCCCCCAAUAAAGGGGUGAAGACGAUGAGAAGUGUUGAUGAUGAUGUUACGCCGCAGAAUCCACCCAAACGUGCUAGGGUUUGUGUUAGAGCUCGAUGCGAAACCGCUACGAUGAAUGAUGGUUGCCAAUGGAGGAAAUAUGGACAAAAGAUAGCAAAAGGAAACCCAUGUCCACGGGCAUACUACCGUUGCACAGGCUCGCCGACGUGUCCCGUUAGAAAACAAGUUCAAAGAUGCGCUGACGACAUGUCGAUCUUAAUUACCACCUAUGAAGGUAAUCACAACCACUCAUUACCUGCCUCCGCCAACGCCAUGGCCUCCACCACCUCCGCCGCUGCCUCCAUGCUCCUUUCCGGCUCCUCCACCUCCGCCACCGCUGCCGCCUCCUCAUCCACUACUACAAAUAAUCUCCAUGGCUUAAACUUUUACUCAAAUAAUUCUAAACCCAAUUUUUACUUAUCCAAUAAUUCUUCUAUCGUUUCAUCCACUUCCCCUACUCACCCUACAAUCACUUUGGACCUCACUUCAAAUCCUUCCUCCACUUCCUCAAAUUCCACGACCCAUUUUGGUAAAUUCACAUCAAAUUUUCCUAAUUCUCGUUACCCUUUUACUAGCCAACUUGAUUUCGGAUCUUCUAGAAACAAUGUGUUGUCGUGGAAUAACGGCCUUCUUAGUUACAACAGAAAUAAUAACCAUCCAACUACUACUACAACCACCAAUAAUAUCUAUCAAAAUUACAUCCAACAACGGAACCCCACCACGUCACUACCACAUCAGCAACCGCCUCUACCCGACACUAUUGCCGCCGCUACCAAGGUUAUCACGGCGGAUCCAAGCUUCCAAUCUGCUCUCGCCGCCGCUCUUACGUCGAUCAUCGGCACAGGGGCCGUUAAUGCCGGCUCCAUCAAGUCCUUCUCAACAAGAGGUGAACAACCGUUGUUUCAAUUGGCGGCGACGACGACAACGAAUAAAGGGAAUGGAUGUGGAACAAGCUUUCUGAACAAUAUUACGACAGCGACAACGACGACGAGUAAUUCGCCACCCACAGGAAACAUGGUGUUUGUUCCGUCGAAUUCGUUGCCGUUUUCGAAUUCGAAAAGUGCAUCGGCUUCUCCAGGUGAUCAUAUUGAUCUUACCAAUUAAUUUGAUUAAUUGGGUUUCUGUUCGAUUUGGGGGAUUUUUUUUUGGAUAAUACAAAAGUGUAAAUUAAUAAAUAUGGUUUAAAGUGAAAUUAAGUUGUUGAUUAAUGGGGAUUAGAUUAGCCAUUGGAAAUCAUAAAUUUUGUUAAUGUUUAGUAAUUUGCCUUAACAUUUGCUGAAUUUGUUGAUAGGUGAUUAGAAGUGGUUGGAAUUGGAAGCAAUUCUUAAUUGUAAUUCUGAAAGUCUUUGUAAAUGUAAAUUCAUCUUCAUAAUCCUCACUUUUAUUUAUAAAUGUCGUAGUUCCCUCUUGAA